AUGCUUGCAGCACCGUCGCAUUAUUUGCAGGCCACGCGAAUAAGUCGAAGGUUCAGCAUCCGUUUUGCCCACUCCGUCUCCAGAAGGUCGUGGCAGUUGGGAUCAUUGCAGCUGCAGUUGCACCUGACUGAUGACAUCGUUGAAAAACCUCCGAUGGGCUUCUGUGAUGUCUUGAUCAAUCCCGCAAACGAGGCCAUGGUCGGGACGCGCCUGCCGUACUUUCCAAUGCAAGUGGAGCCACCUCCUGAGCUCAGGAACUCAAGAUGGUGCGGCAUGGAAGCUGGCAGCAAGAUGUUUUACGCACAGCAAGUUGUUGAUGGGCGCGUGCAUGCCGUUGGUGGAUCUGAACUGAAAGAGGCGUGUCUGCAGCUUGCAGAAGUGUCGCCUGGGAUCCGAUGUCCAAUAGGCCAGGCCGUCAUGACGCCAGCCGUGGGAGGGUUGAGCUCAUUCUUCAGCUACAUCGUCCAUGCGGUGCCGCCAUUCUACGAUUCUGACGAUUGGGAGCAGAGCCUAGAGAGCUGUUGGCAGGCAAGUUUGGAGCUUGCCUCGAGUCUUGGCUCUGUAGUCGCCAGCCCACUUCUCGGUGCUGGAGCCCGUGGUGUGCCGGUUCACGAGGCAUCGAUGGUGGCGCUGAAAACGAUCCAAAGUUGGGCGAGAACGAAUCCGCGAGGAUGGCCAGGAAUAGUUUGCAUA